AAUAUCUUUCCGGAUAACUGGAAUCUUGAUUUCACACCAAUUUAAAUUAAUUUAAUGAAUGGAAAGAAGCGCUCACAACGACAAUGAAGGGUAAAGAGGCUCUAAUUGACUUACUAUCAGCAACGCAACUCGCCUUCCGGCGCUCCCGGAAUAACAUCAUCCAGCCAUGGCUAUACGUUCCUUCUGGAAUAAUGAUAAUGUUGCUGGCCUGCUUCGGUAUCAACAAGCUAUUCGGGCUUGGAUCUGUCCCCUUCCCAGCGUCAGUAGCUUGUCUCAUCAUCCUUUUCUUCGCUCUGCUAUUGUCUGAACAAGUUCUCGGCGAACAUCGAACGAAGCGCAUUGUUGCCGUCAUUGAGAUUCCGGGUGGCUGGGCUUUACGAUGGAUAAAUGUCAUGUUCACACCUUCAUUCGUUCUUUUACCCCUGAGUCCGGCAAUAGGGGGAAUCGAAGUACUCAAGAUCAUCGUCGUCUUCAUUAUUGGAUUUGUAGUCAUGAUGAUUCUCGCAGCAUACAUGACGCGAGGCUUACAGCUUCUUUUCGGAUCUUCAAAACGUGCAUUGACUGAACGCGCCGAAGAACUUAACCCUAGCAACGAAGAAAUUCCCAUGACAACAGCUCCAAGAUCUGGCGGGUCUUCAACCUUAGUAGAUAGCUCAGGACAAGUUUCAUCGGAUGAAGUGGACUUACGACCUCCUCCGCACUCUUUGGAUGUUUCUCGAGGACACCCAGUCGAUGACGACCCAACCCCGACGCUUGCCAGCAGCGUCUCCGAACACGCAGACUUACCGGCCCAAGCUCCAAUUCCUCCAUCGCGAUCAAGCCGCUGGGCCGCUAUUAUCACCGCCAAAUUCGAUUUCUUCCUCUACAUCACCAUGUUCCUAUUCGUCGGCCUUCCCGUAUACUACAUAACGGGGUACGCCAUGCCGAUGCACCUCAGCCUGAACGUCCUAGCCUACUUCCUCGCGACUUCACUCCCGCCAAAAUGGCUGCAAUUCCUACACCCAGUUCUAGUAUCCUCCCUCCUCACCGUCCUUAGUAUCUGGGUUCUCGGGCUAGCCCACGGUGUUGAUCUGCAUACCACAUUAGCAGUAUACAAGACCGGUCUCGGGUACACCGAAUUCUGGAGCGGUGCACACGGCUUACCUGGCGCUGGUGACCUAUUCUCCAGCGUGCUAGACGCCGCCAUCAUCGCCUUCGCCCUACCCGUAUACAAGCACCGACGAGAACUCAAGCGCCACUUCGCCGCGAUCGUAGUCCCCAACGUCGCAGUAUCAAUCGGUUCUCUAUUCGCGUAUCCGUGUAUAUGCUACGCUAUCGGUAUCGGUGCAAGGAGGAGUCUCGCGUUCACGGUUCGGAGUCUGACGCUUGCUCUUGCGCUCCCGGCUGCGGCGAAUCUGGGUGGUGAUAAGAAUACGGCGGCUGCGUUGGCGAUUAUGAGUGGUGUUGUAGGUGUUCUGGUGGGAAAGAAGUUGCUCAGUCUGUUGAGGAUUCCGGAAGACGACUAUGUCACUCGCGGCGUGACACUAGGUGCCAACUCUUCUGCCAUCGCGGCAGCGCUACUCUUACGGACCGACCCGCGAGCUGCCGCGCUAUCGAUUCUAUCUAUGAGCAUAUUCGGAACUAUCACCGUCUUGUUCACAUCAAUACCGCCCAUCACGAUCGUGGUGCAGUCACUAGUAGGGCUAUGAACCUUUAGGACGGGAUUAGGUGCUGGCCCGCCAGUGCAUCCACUGUACCAACACCAGUCACUCUUUUCCGACCUUGCGAUUGUAGUGCAUGCAGUACAUUUGUUAGACUUGAUCGCCUCUAGGCGAAUCUUUGGGCGCUUACGCCGUCAUGUUGCAUUUCCUUUACCGUGCAUACUCAAUAGUAUCUAGAUAGAUAGACCUAUUCCUCGAUAG